AUGGGCUUUUUGUCAAGGCGGAGAAGUGCUGUUCCAUUUUUGGGGUACAUCGUGUCGUCCGAGGGGGUGCGCAUGGAUCCUGACAAGGUUAAGGCUGUGGUGGAUUGGCCAAUUCCAGAUUUCCGCAAGGCCCUGCAGAGGUUUCUGGGCUUUGCCAAUUUUUACCGGCGUUUUAUUCGCAACUUCAGCCAACUAGCCGCUCCUCUGACCGCCUUAACCUCCCCCGCAACGACGUUCAGGUGGUCGGCUGCAGCUGAGGCUGCAUUCACCAAACUCAAAAGCCGCUUCGUUUCGGCUCCCAUUCUUGUCGCCCCUGAUCCUUCACGUCAGUUUGUGGUGGAGGUUGAUGCGUCAGAGGUGGGGGUAGGUGCAGUUCUAUCCCAGCGCUCCGCAGCGGACGAUAAGAUGCAUCCUUGCGCGUUUUUUUCACAUCGUUUAACCGCUGCCGAACGUAAUUACGACAUUGGCAACAGGGAGCUGCUGGUGGUCAAAUUAGCUUUGGAAGAGUGGCGUCACUGGUUGGAGGGUUCGGGGGUACCUUUCAUCGUCUGGACUGAUCAUAAGAACCUUGAGUAUAUUAGAUCCGUUAAACGACUUAACUCUAGGCAGGCUCGGUGGGCUCUGUUUUUCGGUCGUUUUGAUUUUUCUCUAUCUUACCGUCCCGGGUCCAAAAACAUCAAGCCCGAUGCACUUCUCGCGUUUUUUGAUCGUUCCGAGCGCCCGUCCACUCCCGAGUGUAUUCUUCCUGAGAGACUCAUUGUCUCUUCACUCACAUGGGAGGUCGAGUCGAAGGUCCGCACGGCCUUAGAAGGGGUAACGCCUCCGCCCGGGUGCCCACAGAGUCGGUUAUUUGUGCCAGAGGGGUUGCGUUCAGAUGUUAUCCGAUGGGGCCACGAUUCCAAUCUGGCUUGUCAUCCAGGGGUUAGUCGCACCAACUUUUUGGUUAAACAACGAUUUUGGUGGCCCUGCAUGGCUCGCGAUGUUCACAAUUUUGUUUUGGCUUGCUCUGUCUGCGCUCGUGGUAAGACUUCUAAUCGUCCCCCUGAGGGACUCCUUCAACCGCUGUCUGUCCCUUCGAGACCCUGGUCCCACAUAGCGCUAGAUUUCGUUACAGGCCUCCCUCCUUCACAGGGCAAUACAGUGAUUUUGACCGUAGUGGACCGGUUCUCGAAGGCGGCGCAUUUCAUUCCCUUGCCCAAAUUACCCACUGCCAAGGAGACAGAGGUUACUGUCAUUAAUCACGUCUUCCGUAUCCAUGGCCUCCCAGUAGACGUGGUUUCUGACAGGGGAUCCCAAUUUACCUCCAAAUUUUGGAAGGAGUUUUGUCGUUUACUGGGGGCGACGGUUAGUUUGUCAUCUGGGUUCCAUCCCCAGAUGAACGGGCAAGCUGAGAGAGCCAACCAGGAUUUGGAGAGAAUGUUGCGAUGUCGGGUUGCUCAGAAUCCUUCCUCCUGGAGUCAGCAGCUUCCUUGGGUGGAGUACGCGCACAAUUCGUUGCCAGUGUCGGCUACGGGCCUGUCGCCUUUUCAGUGUAGUCUAGAGAAGUGCUCCUUCCACCAGCCCUCUGUCCACUUCCUGGGGUACGUGAUUGAUCACAGUGGCAUCCGGAUGGACGAGGGGAAGGUCUCCGCUAUCCAAACCUGGCCAACUCCAACCACCAUGAAAGAACUCCAACGCUUCCUCAGAUUCUCCAAUUUCUACCGCCGUUUCAUCAAAAAUUACAGUACCAUCGUCAGCCCACUCACCAACCUGUUACGUCAGCAGCCCAAGUCUCUGUCCUGGUCCCAACCUGCCACCAACGCGUUUGAGACCCUCAAGAAAGCCUUCACCACCGCUCCCCUCCUCGUCCACCCUAACCCGGACUUACCUUUUGUCGUGGAGGUCAACUACGACAUCGGUGACCGUGAGCUCCUGGCAGUCAAGCUUGCCCUGGAAGAAUGGAGACAUUGGUUGGAGGGGGCUAACCAUCCCUUCCAAGUUCUCACUGAUCAUAAAAACCUAGAGUAUCUGAAGGCUGCUAAAAGACUCAACCCUCGCCAAGCUCGAUGGGCCAUGUUCUUUUCACGGUUCAACUUCUCCAUAUCCUAUCGUCCAGUAUCUCAGUCGGUGAUGGCUUUUAACAUUGAUCCUGUUACUUGGAAGACUUUCACUGCACCUUCACCGAGUCAAAAUGUUGCCUUUGGCUAUAAGGUGAUACAGAAAGACAAAUCAAGUCUGAUUGUGAGUGAUCCUUUAAAUCAAAUCAGUCAAGAUAAAAGAGGAUUGAUUUAUAGCUGUGCUGUCACACAAGGAACCUGCUCAUCACUGAAGAUUGAUGUGCCCUCAGAAGCUGUCAACAUGUCUCUUGGACUUUCCAUGGUUCAAGAUCCUCAGUCUUCAAAGCUGGCAAUUUGUGGUCCAACCAUUCCAAAGAAAUGUGAAUCAGUUACCACCUUAAAUGGCAUGUGCUUCAUCAGUGAAAACAGUGGGUUUAAACCACCAAUACCGAGCUCUCUGAGAGACUGUCCUGGUCAGAUUGACAUUGCUUUUCUGUUAGAUGGAUCUGGGAGUGUACAGGAUUACAAUUUUAGAAAGAUGAAGACUUUUGUGAAAAACAUGAUCAAGCGUUUUACUGAUCGGGAUGGACAGUUUGCCAUAGCUGUCUACUCCAAUGAUUGUGUUAUUCACUACAAUUUCAAUCAACUUAAAGACAGCACAUGGGAAUCUAAGGUGACAAAUAUACCAUACAAUGGAGGUGCCACUUACACUGCAGCAGCCAUCAAAAAACUUGGAAGCGUGUUAAUGAGUGCAGUGGGAGCUUUCCAGUGGAAAGGUGGAUAUCAGGAAUAUUUGCCAGACUACUCCUUUCAAACAGGCACUGAGCAUGAAAGCUAUCUAGGUUAUUCGAUGGCUAUUGCAACAAUGUCAAGGACCAGCUUUGCUAUUCUAGGAGCCCCGAGAUACAAACAUAAAGGACGAGUCUUUGUUUCACAACUCAGAACCAAUUAUUUUAAACAGCUGCUGGACUCUCCCAAGCCUCAGAUUGGCUCAUAUUUUGGAGCUGAGGUGUGUGUGGUGGAUUUGAAGAAGGACUCCAAUACAGACCUACUUUUGGUAUCGGCACCAACAUACAUUGAGUCUGACCGGGAGGGCAUAGUGUUUGUUUUCAUCUUCACACAUCAGUUAAACUUCACUUUUUCGGAUACACUGGUGGGCAUGUCAGGUCAGAGGGGUCGGUUUGGCUCUUCUCUGGCCAGUCCAGCAGAUCUGAAUGGUGAUGGUUUCAUGGAUGUGCUGAUUGGAGCUCCUUUAGAGGAGGAUGGACAGGGCAGCAUCUACAUCUUCAACGGGAGAAAUGGAGCGAUCAAUUCAAAAUACUCACAGAGGAUUGUUGGAUCGUCUGUGCGACCAGGUUUGCAGUUCUUUGGGAUUUCAUUGAGUCAGUCUUCUCUAGACCAGAGUCAAGAUAGCCUUCCUGACAUUGCUGUUGGGUCCAAGGGAGCAGUUCUCCUUCUCAGGUCCAGACCCAUCAUGCUCUUGGAAACCAAAGUAACUUACAACCCAACCAAAAUACCAACCAGUGACCAAACAGACUGUACAAAGCCAUUGCAAAACACCCUGACAGUGUGCUUCACCAUGAGUGCAUACCAACAUCGCAUAACAGGUUUGGCUGCAAAUAUUAAUUACACUAUAACGCUGGAUGCCAAGCGACUGAAAUAUCGAGCAUACUUCUUACUUAAAAACCGGCUCCACAGUGAUGUGAUGAACAUUGGGCUGCAGGAAGUAUGCAAAAGUCAUGCUUUCUUCAUAGAGGCUUGUUCAGAUGAUGCUCUGAACCCGUUGUCCAAUCAGUUAAAUUUCACAUUUGAGGGUCUUCCAUUAACAAGAAUGCAAAAUUUGAGACCAGUACUGCUGCCAGAGAUAAAGACCUCCACAGACCACAAUCUAGAUUUUGAGAUAAACUGUGGAACUGAUAAUUUAUGUGUUGACGACCUCCGAAUGGAUUUCAAUUUCUCUGGGGCUACAAACAUAGAGGUUGGGAUAAUGCAGGAGAUCAACGUGACAGUGUUUGUAGAGAACAGAGGAGAAAACUCAUACAACACUCUCUUCACCCUCAAAUACCCCUUUGGACUUUCCUACAGGAAAUUCACAUCUAAACAGGGCAGAGUGGAGUGUGUGUCUCUGGAUGCUGAACGAGGAGAUACUCUGGGAAAAACCACUUGCCAAAUCAGUAAACCCAUCCUCAAGGGAAACACUCAGGUUGUGUUUGACAUUACAUACAGUAUUAAUAAAGAAAGUACACUGGGCCAGAAUGUGACGUUUGCUGCUGAGGUCACGAGUGGAAAUGACAAACACUCAAUCAACAGUGAGUUUAAAAAACAGAAAACCAUCGAUGUCAAAUAUGCCAUCUAUAUUGCCUUGAUAAGGCAUGAAAAUUCCACCAUCCACAUUAAUUUUACUUCAGGGAAAAGGGAUCUUAUGAAACCUGUCCAGCAGAUAAUAAGGGUUCAGAAUGACCUCAGAGAAUUAAUUUUCAAAGUGUUCAUCAGAGUACCAGUGAAACUUGGUGAUACUGACAUCUGGACUAAUUCAAAUCUGCAAAUUUAUGGCUGUAAAAGCGAGAACAUGGAGAAGCCUGUUAUUCACCAAUUUUGCAAUGGCAGAGUGGAGUGUGUGUCUCUGGAUGCUGAGCGAGGAGAUACUCUGGGAAAAACCACUUGCCAAAUCAGUAAACCCAUCCUCAAGGGAAACACUCAGGUUGUGUUUGACAUUACAUACAGUAUUAAUAAAGAAAGUACACUGGGCCAGAAUGUGACGUUUGCUGCUGAGGUCACGAGUGGAAAUGACAAACACUCAAUCAACAGUGAGUUUAAAAAACAGAAAACCAUCGAUGUCAAAUACGCCAUCUAUAUUGCCUUGAUAAGGCAUGAAAGUUCCACCAUCCACAUUAAUUUUACUUCAGGGAAAAGGGAUCUUAUGAAACCUGUCCAGCAGAUAAUAAGGGUUCAGAAUGACCUCAGAGAAUUAAUUUUCAAAGUGUUCAUCAGAGUACCAGUGAAACUUGGUGAUAAUGACAUCUGGACUAAUUCAAAUCUGCAAAUUUAUGGCUGUAAAAGCGAGAACAUGGAGAAGCCUGUUAUCACCAAUUUUGCAAUGUUGGACGUUAUUAAAAAUCAUCGUGUGGUGAACUGCUCUGUGGCGGUGUGUGCCGUGUUCAGCUGUGACGUCAAUCUCAUAAAGAAUGAAAGGAAACUCUAUUAUAUAUCUGGAAAUGUGAGCUCUGGAUGGAUUGAGCAGACUGGACUCAGAGCUGCUGUGUUUGAGUUGGUCAGUUCAGCGUCUCUGGAUUAUGACAAGAGCAAAUAUAUUUUCUUUUCCUCUGAUUCUCAAGGCACUGCACCGUCUCUCCAGAUUAACACUCAAGUGGAGGUGUAUGAGGAGCCAAACCUGACCAAAGAGAUCAUUGGAGGAGUGAUAGGAGGACUGCUGCUACUGGCUCUCAUCACAGCGGCCCUUCUAUAA